AUGAGGGGUGCGCCCGCCAAGCGGUGGCGGGCGGAGAGGCCAGGCAUCCGGCUGCCAGAAGCACACGCCCGUCCCAGGAGCCCCGGGCCGUCAGAACCGCCCUCCGGUUCUGUCGCUUGGAGACUCGGGGUCCAGCGUCGCCGGAGGAGCCGGGCGGGGAGGACCUGCCGCUCAAGCUGCAGCCCAGCCCGGCGGGCCCGGCCGAGGAGGGCGUCGGCCAGAACGCUGCCUCGGGAGCGCCCCGCGGCCACCGCCGCGGAGGGCCCGGCCCCGCCAGAGCCCAGUCAGGCGACCGCGCAGGCCCAGUAUGUCCUGUGCCCCUGGAGAGGCCGCUACUGGCCAGCAAGGGUUUUGUCCGGAGGCGGGGCCGCGGCGCCCAGGAGGAACAGGGCCGCGGCGCCUUCUCUCCAAGUGCAGAUCCUGUCGGUGGAUGAGAGAAUUCGGGCGGACAGCCGCGACGUCCAGAUCCUCAGCGCCUCUCAAAUGGCUUCCGUCACCAACUUGCUGCUGGCCCAGUGCCAGCAGGGUGUCCCAGCAGGCGAGGACGGGGCCUACUGCGGCGCCCUCGCGGUGGCCCAGGACAUCCUGAAGGAGGCGCUGCCCGGGGGUCCGGCGGGAGCCAGGCAGAGCCCGGAGGCCGGGGGGCUGCCUCCGAAGGGACCAGCGCGGCCAGCCCGCAGACAGCCUCGCCAGCGGCCCGGGGACCGGCCGCGGAGGGCAGGGGCCAGGCAAGAGCCCAGGGGGCCGUCGGGGCGGCGUUCUGGCGGCAAGGAGGUCAGGGGCGGAGGCCACAGAGCCCCCCCGGUGCGCAGGAAGGCCGGUCCGGGGCCCAGGGAGGGGCGCACGCGGCCUUCGCAGAGGUCGGGCGUGCGCCCAGGUGUCGCUUCGCUGGCGGGCGCCCGGCCCCGCCCAGGGGCCAGCGGGCAGGGGCACCCCCCGGGAGCUCUGCCCCUGCAUCGCACAGCCAAGCAGAAAAGCCCGGGCGGCCUCCAGUGCCCGCGUCCGGGGCGUCUGGCCGCUGCGCCCCCGGCUCUGGAAGAAGAGGCCAAGGCGCCGGCCGGCCCCUCCGGAGGCCCCAGCUCCUCGGAGGACCCCGGGGCCGGGGCCGCCCAGCAGGGCCACGCCGCCGCCUCCUCCCCGGGCACGCCGCCCGGCCCCGCGCCGCGCCGGUCCCUGCGCCUGGCAAACAGAAGGCGGAGGCUGCGAGGCCCAGGGCUGGGCGCCGCUCCCCCGGGACUGCCGCCUCCGGGGGCCUCAGCGGCCGCGCGCCCCACCCGCACCCGCGCCCCGGGCGGCCACGGCCGUGGCCCCCCGCGCCCGGCCUCCCCGCCGCAGCCGCGGCCCAUCGAAAGAGGGACCAUGGUCUGGUUCAAAUUUCAGCACCACCCGUUCUGGCCCGCGGUGGUGCAGAGCGUCGACGAGGCCAAGCAGACGGCCAGGGUGCUCCUGAUCCGGGCGGACAUGCGCCGCGGCAAGAGCGGCAUCCCCGUGCCCCUCCGCAGGCUCCGGCACCUGGAGUGCGGCGAGAAAGACACGCUGGUGCGCAGAGCCAGGAAGGGCUACCCGCUCAGCCUGGACUGGUGCCUCGCGCUGAUCGCCCACUACAGGGAGGGGCUGGGCCGCAGGGCCUUCGCGGGCUCCUUCCUGGACUACUACGCGGCCGACGCCAGCUACCCGGUGAGGAGAGCCGUCCAGGAGGGCGAGCUGCGGGUGGACUUCCCCAAGGUGGACUACGCCGACCUGGAGGACUCCGACGACGACGACGACAACGACGGAGCCGCCGCCGCCCCCGGCGCCAAGACGGCCCGCAAGAAGCUGCUGCCCGACCGCAUGAAGGCCGCCCGGGACCGGGCCAACCAGAAGCUGGUGGACUUCAUCGUGAGGCGCAAGGGGGCCGACCGCCACCUCCUGGACGUCGUCACGGGCAGGAGGCCGUCCCGCUGGCUGGAGUCCUUCCUGAGCUCCACCAGGUACGUCAUCUGCGUGGAGACCUACCUGGAGGACGAGGACCAGCUGGACGCCGUGGUCGGGCACCUGCAAGACAUCUACCCGCACGUGGACAGGCGGGUGCUGGCCCUGAGGGACGACCGGGUGAGCUUCGUGCUGGAGGUCCUGCUGCCGGAGGCCGUCAUCUGCGCCAUCGCCGCCCUCGACGGGCUCGACUACAAGGCGGCGGAGGAGAAGUACCUGCGGGGGCCGCCCGUGCGGCGCCGGGAGAAGGAGCUGUUCGACAAGGACAUCCUGAAGCAAGUGAGGAAGAGGGCAGCCGCGCGGCCCGAGCUCGCCCAGUGA